CAGGCAGUAGUCGCUGGCUCGAUUCUCCCGUGUUCCGAACGUACGUCGUCGACACGUAACAAAACACGGAUACUAAACGAGAUAUAGGCGGAGAGGCGCGCGCGCGCACUUACGCAUACACGUAUAUAUAUAAUAAACACGACCGAACGACCAACGAUCGCGCACCAAAAUAUAUAUUGCAUAUACACGUAUUAUACAUAACUACCAUCAUCUCGAUUGCAGAGAGCGUGUCGUGUCGUACGGUGGUAACUAACUAGCUGGCUGGCUGGCUGGCUGGCUCUGACUCCGACUCUCUAUCGCUCGCAGCAACGGUGUCCAUAAUUUCGUCAGUCGGCUACAGUCUCCGAACCCGCGUGUUGCCAUUAUUGUGUAAUGUUUAAUCAACUGUUCUCAAUUCUAACUCUCUAAAAAAACUCUUGCCGGUUCUAAGUUGUUUGCACGUGUGUGCUUCGACUACGAGUGCGAGUGUUACAUAUUCUGUAUCUCGUGUUUGUUCCGUUCCGCGGAUAUACGAUAUAUAGAUAAACACACAGCCGCGUAGACACACAGAGACGUCGGUUACGAACGACGAUCCGUCGGCAGCGCGUAGAGUGUGACGUAACGCAUACACAGACGCUCGACGCUAUUCGAAACCAAAACAAUAACAACAAUAGACAAAAGAACCGAGAGCUACAUUAAGUACAGUUGUAACAAAAGUUUGGCCGAGAUAGAGAGGAAUAUCAAGAGGAAAUACCUGCUGCGUAAGAAGCCGAGAGUUGGAUCGAAAUCUCGUUCAUCAACGUUUAAUAUUUCAAUACAAUAACAAACCGAGUCUGCGGCGGUGGUAAAUACAGCUUGUUCGAACCGGUACGAGUCUAUUGAUAUACGCAUAUACAUCGUACUCGGCGGUCGAACGAUAACGAGGAAAAUUCCAAACUCGAUUUAUCCUUGUUGUGUUAUUGUUUUUGUUGUUGUUGUUGUCGUCGUCGUCGUCGACCGGUGAUACCGUUGCCGGUUUAUCGAGAGAAUAGCCGAGCAGCAAGUAGCUUAGCUGGGUCGAGUCAUCGUCAGUGAGUGGAGAAUAGAGCGAGGCAGAGUGAGACUUGAGAGAGGGGGCGUGAGAGAGAGGUGGGAUAGUUUUCGUCAGCCGGGUGAGUCACGCUCACGACCCAGUACACAUCAGCGGCCCGCAAGUUCGAACUCGCCUGAACGGAGGAGAAAGACCAACUGCAUUGCGGUCGCGUUCUGUGGUAGCGAGGGAUUCGGAGGUGACCAGGACAUACCAUUGUCGAGAGAGUAAGGAAUACGUACAAGAAUACGGCAGGAGUGCGAGCGUAGCAGCAGCGGCACAACCCGAAGGAACGAGCAGUAUCCCUCUUUCUCCCGGCGGAAGACGGACGACGGGCGUAAAGAUGCCGAGCGCAGCUGAAGAGACCACUUAUUUGAAUUUAAUCGACGUUAUGCCGAGGCGAGAGGCAACGACGACGCAGGAGUUUCUCACGAGAGACGUCGAUCUGCUCGUAUCCCAGAUAAAGGAGAACCUCAGGCUGUCGGGAUUCAAGGCCAAGUCGAGCUUCACGCAGAAAAGUCGCCCUUCGCCCUACAGGAUACCGUCGAGAUCGUGGGCAGACCCGGCGGCGACGUGCGAAGCAUGCAGGUUAAGAGUCGACGCGACCGAGGACGAGAGGCAACAGAGUCAUCACCACUACCAUCACCACCACCAUCACCUCCACCACCAGCAUCAUCAUCAUCAUCAUCACAGCCAGAAGAGGUCGAGCACAAACGUCGACGACCCCUACGAGCUGCUCCAGGUCCUGCUUCGAGAGGGUGGUCUGAUUAAGGAAGCGGUCAAGAGGCUCCAGGCCUCGUUGCAAGCCUCGCUACAGGCGAAUCUUGAGGAGCUGGACAACCCCGAGGAGGAAUCUGUCUACGAGAGGAAGCCCUACUUCUACGACUCCGAAGACGAGCCCAGGCCGGUUAUACCGCCGCUUGAACUUUGAGGUGAUGGAACAAAAAUGUAUCACGGACUUGGUAGAAAUAAACGCGAUUUGGUACGAUAAUCGUAAUCGUAAUCAUAAUCACAAUCAUAACCAUGAUGUCAAACAGCAACAACGACGACGAUAAUCAAUGUGAAAAAGUGAAAUUCAUACAUAAUUUCGACAUACCCUCGCGCUGUUCAGCUUACACGCAUACUGUGUGCGGGAUACCGAGGUACAUACAUAGUGUGUUGCCUAUAGUGGUAGUUUAAUAGUAAUCGAAAAAUGAAGGUGCAGAACCGAUUUAAAAAGAAGAAAAAAAACAACAAAAAUUCCAUAAAAAAAAAAAAAUAAACAGUGAACAAUUUGGCAAAUAAGAUUAGGGAAAGAAGAAAAAAAAAUUCCAUAUAAACGUACACACACAUCACACAUGCACGUUUAAUUUGAAAUGUUACAAAAAAAAAAAACAAAUUCAUCCACACCCACCCACCAUUGCAUUUAAACGUACAAUACCAACACCGAGGUUUUCUAUAAACCGUAUGUUAGCUUGCGCCGAGUAUAGGUAUAAACGUAAUUGGGCAGGAACUCGCCUUACACGGUCGUGUGUUUGUAAAUAUGGUGUGUUGUUAUUUGAAGGAGUAUCGCUCCUUCUCUCUCUCUUUCUCACUCUGGCGGAUGCUUCGUGAACGUUCGGUCAAGAUCGUCGCCGGCGUAUCGACUCUGACUAUAUAACUAUAUAUUCGUAAAUACAGAUAUACGAUAGUACACGUAUGCUUAGCGAGAGGCUGUACGUGGAAGACUCACGGCGAGCGUAUGUUACACACAACCAUUAUCGAUGUAGCGUGCCGGCAGAAUAUAACACACGCAUACACGCACACCCGGUAUAUUACAUAGGUGCGCAUACACGCUGUGUGAUUUUAUUCACGUAAGAUGCGGCAUAAGUUUUUUAAUACAACCCACCCCGCACACAUUCAAAGCUAAACCGACGCUGGGACAAGCACAGAGAGACUAUAGCCGUAAAACGUAUAAAGUUUUACGUACCGUAUGUAUAUUAUGUGUACGCGGCACGACGCUUGCCUUUCGCUGCUCUAAACUCUCAACAGUCGCGACACCAUUCAACGAAUUUCAUGACUCACUACUAUUAUUGUUGUUAUUACUACUGCGAACGGGUUCGCAAAACGCAGCUUUCUAACGAUUCGCGGUAAAUAAAUAUUGCCACGUUUCGCCGCGAAUCGCGAACUGUUCUACGGGGGGGGGGAUAUUCGUCAUUAAAUACUGUUACCAGAUUUCGUUGCGCCUCUGUACGGUAUUACCGCUGUUGAAAAAUUAUUUAUCGUUAUUCACACAUACACGCAUCAUCGUCAUUAUUAUAAUUAUUGAUAUUAGUUUAAUUUAUACAAACAUAUAGAUACAUAAUGUACAACGUUUAAAGUUCCAAAACGUGUAUUAUUCUGGCACCAAUCGGACUAGCCAGUGUUUACACCUUUUUCUCCUCCUGUAGCAUAAUAGGUAUGUUACACGUAAUGUACCGCAAACAAACCUGGAUAAUGUACGUGAAUAGUAUAUUAUUAUGUAUAACAACUAAAAUAUGUAUGUCAACAUUACGAUAAGGGAGUUGCAUAGUUACAUACAUACAUAUAUAUAUAUAUAUUGGUAUGUAAAAUGCUACGGCGACUUGUAUCAAUCCGUAAUAACUUGCGAGAUGAGCAUAAUACAAUAUAAGUGUAUUUUCAUCGAGUACCAUCUUUGUAAUCAACGAUAUAACAGUAUGUAUAGUAUAAAAGUUAGAAGGAGAAUAAUAAGAGAUAAAAAUAGUAAGAAUAAUUCUGUACAUUUAUCAAUAAGUACGGUAUGCUGUUGCGUUUUUGUGCGCGUAUGUGAAAUUUUAUACUUUGGGAAUGAAAGGAAAUAUGUGAUCUCAUUUAUUUGUCAAACGAAAAAAAAAAAAAGAAGAUAGAAACUGAAAAUAAGUUCGUCGGUGUCAUUUUUUUUUUUUUUUUUUUUUUUUCUCUAUUGUCGACAUACAGAACAUAUUAAGGUAAAGUAUUUAAGUUGGAACGUUCGAUUUGAUUGGACAUUUCUCCACAAUGUUUUUCUCGAUUUUUUUUUUAUUUUUAUUUUUUAUUUUUUACUUUUGUUCUCUUAUUUUCAAGAUAAGUUUGUGACCUUUGUUCCGACGAGUCUUGCAGUUAAUACACAUAAUAUUAUGUCUAUACAACCGUGUAUAUUUACGCGUAUAAUUGUUCAUUGGAAUGAAAUGGAAAUAGCUUGUAUGUAUGAUGAUAAUAAUGAAAUGCGAAAAGGCUAUGUAGGGAAUACACGGAAUACAAAUAUACGAGUAAAUACUAAGAAAAAUAACGGCUUAUUAAAGAGUCGGGAAUAUAGUACCUACGGGCACCAGCUGUACAUGUAAUAAUAACACAUGUGUGUAAUUUAUACUUCUAACUGCGAGAAGAAACACGGGGCUUAUAAAUGAAAAAAAAAAAAAAAAAUAGCUUUACCUCGUGCCGUGCAUGUUUUAGUGCAUGGUAUGUAUAAUAUAAUCACAUAA